AUGGCCGUGUCCCUGCAAACUCGCGUUUUCUACGGCCUGAAAACAGACAUCGCCGAUAACGCGCAUUAUGUCACGGACGCGGAGGUUUUAUAUCCGGUUGGCAAUGCACUGGCGAUUCACAACAUUCUUCAGCAUCAGCAGAAGUUGAUUCGAUUACCGGACAAGUAUCACGCAAACGUCAUUUGUAUCUCGCCUAACAAGAAAUAUGUUGCUUUAUCCGAAGUAGGGGAUAAGCCUACUAUAUCCAUUUACGAUCUCAACUCUCUGAAGCGCAGGAAGCUGCUCGGAAUACCCUUCGACGCUCCGGGAGUGACCAGAUUCACGAGUCUAGAUUUCACUUUCGACAGUAAGAAUCUAGUGGCGAUCACCGGCGAGCCUGAUCAAACGAUGCUCUUCUACAACUGGGAGAAGGGUAAGGUCGAGUCGACGUUCAAGCUGGCCAAUCCGCAGAACCCGCUGGCGAUCGCCGAGAUGCUGAACUGCAAUCCGACGGACGCGACGGUGGUGGCGGUCGGCGGUCCUUACACGUUCAAAUUCCUCAUCGUUUCCGAGACGGUGUGGCGUCCGUACGGUUUCGCCAAGGCGGAGAACCUCCUCGUCUGCUCGAUGGCCUGGCUGGACGGCGACCGACUGAUGGUCGGCACCGAGGACGGCCGCAUGCUCUAUCUGGAAAACGGCGAUCUUAAGAACGUAUACAGGAUGGCCGACACGGUGUCGAUGAAUCUCAAGAUUCGCGAGGAGUACGUUAUGCCCGCCGCCGUCAGCUCGCAGGUAGUGCUGGAAGCCGCCGACGUUAUCUGGCAGCAGAAUGUGGCCUGCUUGGUCGCGUUUCCACGUGGAUUCGCGUACGCGCAAGGCCCGGGAACCGUGGUGCUGUACGAGAAAGAGGGGAAGCACAAGUACGUCAAGAGGAACAUCUACGUGAUGCCGGAGCGUGUGAUAAGGGACGAGGACCCGGAUCUCUACAGGAUCAGCACGAUCAAUGUGAAUCCGAGCUCCGACCGGUUGAUCGUCACCGCCGGCUGGUCCCAGCUGUACUACGCGACGCUGUGGGGCCCGGAUCUGCAGAUGGACCCGGAGCCGCAGAAACUGAAGAUCCUGGGCGAGCCGUUGCACCACGGCCCCAUCGGCGGCCUCUCCAUGUGCGCGUGGAAGCCGGUCUUCAUGACGUGCGGCGAGCACGAUCGUAGCGUCCGACUGUGGGACUUCGAGACCGAGAGCCUCAUCAUGCUGAAACAGUACGACGAGGAUAUGUCCAGCGUCGCGCUGCAUCCGAUGGGGCUGUUCUGCCUGAUCGGCUUCACCGACAAGCUGCGCUUCAUGAGCAUCCUGAUCGACGAUCUGCUGCCGAUGCACGAGAUCGCCAUCAGGAACUGCCCGACGGUUCGCUUCAGUUACAACGGCCACAUGUUCGCCGCGGUCAACGGCAACAUCGUGCAGGUGUACACCACCAUCGGCUUCUACAAUCCGUUCAUCCUCAAGGGGCACACCGGCAAGGUGAAGGCUCUUCUCUGGUCGCAGACGGAUCUGAAAAUGCUGAGCAUGGGCGCGGAAGGUGCCAUAUACGAAUGGGACAUGACCACCGGGACGCGAACCGGCGAGUUCAUUUGGAAGGGCAUCGCCCUGCGCGACAUUGCACUUUCCGCGGACACGUCGUUCAUUUACUGCAUCGCGCAGGACGACUAUAUACGCGAAAUCAAGGAGAAUGCGGUGUCACGGGAGUUUCGAUUGCCCGGCAGAGAAAUGCAACAGAUGAUCAUGGGGAAAGAUGACAUGACGUUGUUCGUGACUUCUCCCGGUGGUGUGAUCAUCUCGUUGAAGAGUCCGCUUCAAAGCCCAAUAGACUCAACGGACUUCUCUCUACACUGCGUCGAUAUCACACAGAUCGCACUCUCCUACAACGAAAAUUGUCUAAUCUCGGUUGCGAAGGACGGCAGUUUGUGCAUUUGGAAGCUGUUCUCUCCCGAGGGGAAAGUCAUGAAGAUGAGCAGAGAUCUGCCGUACACGAACGAAGUGUUAAUCGGCAAAGGUGACUUGGAGGAAAAGAUACACAGCAUCAGGCAUCUGACGGUGAGGCUGAGGGAAAUGGAGACCGAGCACGCGUAUAAAUUGCGGCAGAUCGACGUUCAGCACAACGAUAAGCUACGCGACGUGCACCAGGGCUACUGCGAGGCCAUCAAAGAACUUCGUGAAAAGAUUGAGAGGCUUCAGGAGGAUCACAUAAACGAGAUCAACAACAUGAACGUGAGCAUCGUGAAGAUGAAGCAGGCUCACGAGGAGGCGAUGCUACAAAUGGAAAAUAAUUACGAGGCCAAGCUGAUUAUGGAGUACGACAAGUAUCAGGCGUUCGAGGAGCGUACUAACGCCAUGCGGGAGAGCUACGAGCUGCAGUUGAGAAAUCUCGCGAAACGCGACGCGGACGAGCUGCAGAGGACCGUGACGAAAUACGAGGCUCUGGUACACGAGAAGAAGGUGCAGUUGGAGGAAACGUUCGACGAGAUGGCGCACAAGGAGCGCGUUCACGAGCGUCUGAUGGCGCAGUUAGAGGACGACGCGGAUCGUGAGAUUCUCGAGAUACGCACGAGGUACGAGAACCACUUGUACGAGGAGAGGCAGAUCAAUUUAAAGCUGAAGGGCGAGGCCGGGGUGAUGCGGAACAAAUUCAUGGCCAGCCAGAGGGACGUGGACGAUCUGAAGCGGCAGGUGCAUCGGGUGCAAAGUGAAUUCGCGCAGUUCCACAAAAACAUACAGGAUCUCGAGAAGCAGAUAGCGGAUCUGAAGAAGGAGAUCGCCGAGAGGGACGCCACAAUUCUGAGCAAGGAGCAACAGAUAUACGACAUGAAGCGGACGAAUCAGGAACUGGAGAAGUUCAAGUUCGUGCUGAAUUACAAGAUCGACGAGCUGAAGAGUCAGAUAGAGCCGAGGGAUCAGGAGAUACUGGAGCUCAAGGACAUCAUACGGAGCAUGGAGAAGGAGCUCGUGAGUCUUCACAAGACCAACGAGGGCUUGGAGCUGCAGCUGCACGAGGUGCGGGAGAAAUUGCGGUCCGCGCGCCAGGAGAUCGACUGCGAGGCGCACAGGAGCAAGCGGUGUCAGCAGCUGUUGCGAAAAAUUCGCGUCGACAUCCUCGACGCUUCCGGGCUCGUGCAGGAGCCGAACGCGCUGAAAACGGCGGUGACCAAUUUGUAUCACAAGUACAGCGGGGACGACGAGUUCCUGCGUAGCCGCAAAGCGGACGUGGACGCGCAGUGCGAAUUCAUCAGGCAGAGGGAUCAUCUGGAGAGGACUGUCGCGUCGCUGAGCAAGCAGCUGUCCAGGGACACGACUACCGGUGACAAAGGGUUGAAGCUGACGGAGGAGAACAGCAUGCUUAUCGUGGAAUUGAACGCGCUGAGGGAAGAACUGAAGGAGGCGCGGGGACACAUUGUGCAUAUGGAGAGUCUGCUCGGGCUAAUGCGAAAAGACGUGCGACCCGCGGAGGCGAGAAAAAUGUUGGAGCAAACGUAUCGCGGGUAUGAGGAGCUGCAGGAGAGAUACACGAAACGAAUACACGAACAGCAGCAAGUUAUUCUAGCGUUGAAGGAAGAUAUCAAGCGGCUGUUGAGCAAAGUUCCUUGUGAGGAGACGGAAGGAGAAAAGACGUCGUCUUGAGUAAGUUUGUGACA